CAAAAUCCGUCGGUUACCGGGCCGAACCCCGGACUUUGGAGUACUUUACUAAAAUGGGCUUUAGCGAGACAUAAAGAAUUGAACGAAAAGAAAUUGACAAUAAUCAAGUGGAUUUUGUUGAAUAAUUGGGAGCUUAUAGAUGGUGGUAUUAUACAUUGUUGCUUUUGUCUCUUUUCAAGCUGGUUGCAGCUGGAUCUGUUCAAAUUCUUUUUGUGUUCAUUUGUGGAAAAUAGAGAUGUAUACUUAUUCAAUUUAAAGCGAUCUUUCUAUAUGAUAAUGUUCUCAAAGGUUUCAAGCUAUUUUUUCAAUACUGUGCUAGACAAUGCCAAGUGUUCCAACUUCCACCACUAGAUUCUUCAGGACUCCUGGCCCGUUUAUUGUUAAUUCAAGAGAUAGAACUUUCCAGAGAUAUACUGAAGCUGAAUUGGAAAUAGGACCAAUUGCCAGUACACCAUCAGCCAACAUUGAUAUAGUAUUUGGAGGCCCGCUAGUUGGGUUUAUUGAUGUGACUGGUUUUGAUGAUGGAUAUGACCCUGAUAUAAGUGAAGGUGAAACAAUUGAAUCAAUCAAGACUCCACUCGUUCCAGUUGAAGGUGAUAACGUUAAAGAUGGUACUUUAUAUGCGGUCAACUUAGAUAAUUACUACAAGGAGUAUUGUGCUUAUUCUGGUGAUGAAGAUACUGAUGAGGAAGAUGAGGAAGUUUGCACUGAGGUUAGAAUGCUGCUGAAGGAACCAAUUGAUGAGGCUUCACAACGUCAAAUGCUCGAACACCGUGCCACAAGCAGUGAAGAAGAGAACUUGGUGCGCAAUUCCUCGGAUGACAGAUUUGAUAUGGAGGAAGAAAGAAGAACCACCUCGAAAAGCUCAGAAAUGUCCCGUUUCGUUGAAUAA